AUGACGCAAGCCGGGCAUUGCAUUUCCAUCUCCGAGAAAAAUAAGAGACUUAUCCUUGCUAUUUUUGCUUCUUUCUUACUAGUUGCCACUAUAAUUGCCAUUGUCGCUGGUGUAAAUUCACACAAAAAUGCUGCUGCUCAUGCCCUAAUAAUGGCCUCGUGCAACUCCACAAGAUAUCCUGAUUUGUGCUACUCAACUCUUGCCAGCGUCCCUGGAGUUGCCGACAAACUGGCUGCUCCAUUGAAUGUUAUUCUACUACACAUAAACGCUACUGAAUAUGCUAUCAAAGAGAAAAUGACCAAUGCGGAAAGGUGCCUAAGGACCGAUAGGGGACUCAAGGAUACACAACAGAAUGCUCUCGAAGAUUGUAUUGACAAUUACAGUAAGAGUCUUGCUGAUUUAGCCAUGGUUUCAGAGGCACUCAAAGCCAACCCCGACAAGAAACUUCUUCACCAACAACCAUACACAGAUGCUCUCAAAAUCCAAGUAGGUAAUUGCCAAACCGACCAAAACUCAUGCACGGAUGGUUUCUCUCACCACAAGAAAGAAAAGAUCUGCGGGAAAACAUAUUUUGGUGGUGAAGAUGAUACUGGAAAGAAAUGUAGUAUUGUAUUGGCAUCGCUUACAAAAUUGAUCAACGACACUACCGCCAUCGCCAAUGGACUUAAGACCACAAACAGGAAGCUCGAGGAGGACAAUGAAAGCAAAGAAGGGUGGCCAGAGUGGUUGUCAGAGAGUGACAGACGGCUGUUGGAAUCAUCAUCGUUGACUCCAGAUGUAGUGGUGGCAGCUGAUGGCAGUGGGCACUAUAGGACAGUAUCAGCUGCAGUUGCUGCUGCUCCCAGCCACAGCAGGAAGAGGUACAUUAUCAAAAUCAAAGCAGGUGUCUACAGGGAAAAUGUGGAAGUACCAAGUAACAAGACUAACAUCAUGUUUUUUGGAGAUGGAAGAAAAACAACUAUCAUCACAGGAAGUAGGAAUGUGGUUGAUGGCAGCACCCCCUACCGUUCUGCCACUGUUGGUAUGUCGAUUUUUUCCCUUCUUUCUGGGUGUAAUUCCCUUUUCUUUUCAAUUUUUUCUAUGGAUUGA